AUUACACAUCAGUUUUCACAACAAAAAAUCUUUCUUAAUUAAGGAUCUUGGAGAAAUAAAUCGAGUGAUGACGACAAAUAUACUAAUUCAGGAGAUUGAAGCGGUAGAAGAGAAUUAUCAAAGUACUUUUCGGACAUUAUUACAAAGUGAUUCAAAAUUGGAGGUAGUUUGUGAACAACAUUCAGCUAUUCUGGAAAAGAGAAUCGUUCAUCACGAUAAGGAAAUUGAGAGAAUAUGCCGUGAUUAUCAGGGAUUCAUUGAUAGCAUUCGAGAACUCUUGCAAGUUAGAGCUCAAACAAAUAAUUUAAAUACAGAAGUUAUCAGCUUAAACAGUGCAUUAAAUCAAGCAAAUCAAGGAUUAAUUAAAAAAGGAUAUGAGUUACUGGAAGCUAGAAAGGUUGAAAGUAACAUUGCAUCCACAAUUGAGACAUUAUCAAUAUGUAUGCCAGUUCUGGAAUGUUAUUCAAAAUUAAUGAAACAAGUUAAUGAAAAACGAUAUUAUCCAGCACUCAAGACACUCGAAGUCCUUGAAAGGGAACAUCUUCCAAAAGUAGCAAAUUAUAGAUUUGCAACAGCCAUAAUUGAAAACAUUCCAAGAUUAAAGAAGGAGAUCAAGUCACUGGAUGAUUUUUGUGAAUUUCUCCAAAAAGUUAGGGAUUAUUCUCAUUUUAUUGGCGAAAGAGCUUUAAGGCAUACGAAGGAAUCACAAAAACGUAAUUUAAAGACAGUCCUUGAAGAACAUAGUGCUAAAAUAUCAGAAGAAUAUUCAAUGGAUGAUGAGGAAUUGUGUGCUGCAGAUCUUAUCGACUUUUCUCCAAUUUAUCGAUGCCUGCACAUUUACACAGUACUAGAUGAUAAGGAAUAUUUCGCAAAGUAUUAUCAAAAGCAACGAAAAGAUCAAGCAAAACUCGUCCUACAAGCACCUCAAGCUAUGCAUGACAAUUUAGAUGCUUAUAAGAAGUACAUUUACUCAAUUGUUGGAUUCUUUAUUGUUGAGGAUCAUGUAAUGAAUACAAGCAGUGGAGAGAUUGUAACAAGAAGCUAUUUAGAAGAUCUAUGGAAUACAUCUCUUGGCAAGGCAAUUAAUGUCUUAAGCAUGAGUUCCUCAUCAUGCACAGAUCCAAAUAUUUUAUUAAGAAUUAAGAAUUUAAUAAUGCUCAGCAUAACGACACUAAAAUAUCAUGGAUACACAGUCACUCAAUUAUUUGACUUCCUAUUAGAACUUAGAGAUCAUUACAAUGAAGUUCUGCUUCAACGAUGGGUCAUUGAGUUUCGAGAUAUUUUAAAUAAUUGUGACUUCCUUCCGUUAGAAACAAACACAAUUGAAGAGUACGAGAGUGUCCUCGAACGCUUCCCAUUUCAUUCAGAGCAGUUGGAGCAACAACCUUUUCCAAAGAAAUUUCCAUUCUCAAGAAUGGUGCCUGAAGUCUAUCAACAAGCUAUGGAAUUUAUGUUUUCAUGCAUGAAAUUCAGUGAGGAAUUAACUUUAUCACCUAACGAGGUCGCUACAAUGGUCAGGAAAGCUGCUAAUUUAUUACUUACAAGAAGCUUUUCAGGGUGUCUUUCUUUAGUCUUUAAAUCUCCUGGAUCAAGUUUAGCUUUGCAACAAGUCAUUCAAAUCAUCAUUGACACUCAAUAUUUGGAAAAAGCUGGUCCAUUUUUGGAUGAAUUUGUCUGCAAAAUGACAGGAACUCAAAAUCAGCAAGCACCUUCAAUGGCCAUGUUUCAGGUCGCUCGAGCGGAAGCAGAACAACAAGUAUCGAUCAAAUUGUGCUCAAAAUUGGACGAAUUCUUUGAAGAACUUGAAAGCUAUGACUGGUUAUUGACAGAAUCAAUUGGACAUGCUUCACCCUUCAUAUCUGAUUUGAUUUCAUUCCUACAGAGCACUUUUCACAGUUUUUCAUUCAUUUUACCGAAUGUCGCUUUAAUUGCUUGCAGAAAGGCUUGUGAACAUAUUGCAAAUGCAAUUUAUAAGCUAUUAUUAAGUGAAGAUGUGAAACAAGUCACAAUUGGUGCAAUACAACAAAUCAGCUUGGAUUUAAUGCAAUGUGAAUUCUUUGCAGCAAGUGACCCAGUUCCUGGACUCAAAGAAAAUGAGCUGUCAAAAUAUUUCGCACAAGUUCGACAAUUACUUGAUUUAUUAAUCUUGGAGGAAUGGUCGGUUUAUUUGCAUGAUUAUGGAAAGGCUGAAAAUCGUUAUUCAUUAGUCGAACCAUCGACAAUAAUCGUGUUGAUUGAGAAAAUCCGAGAAGCUGAGAAGAAGAAUAUGUUCACUGUUCUGAAAAAGUCUGAAAGAGACAAGAAGAAAUUAUUAGAAACAGUUCUCAAACAACUCAAACAAUUAGCUGAACGUUAAAUUUUUAUUAAUCCACUAUAAUUAUAUUUAUGCCUAUUAUAUUAAUAAAUCUUAUAAAAUUAUACUCAAUAUUUAUGCUGCUUUAAAACCUGAGA